AUGGCACUUCAAUUUGACCCUGAAUAUGCGGCGGCAGUCAAGCCAUUGCUUCCCCUUCUCUCGAGCAGAAAUAAAUUAUCCUUGUCCGAAAUUCCAACCGCGAGAAAGGCGCGCGAAGCAGGGAUUGCUGCUUUUUUCCAGAAGCUGGAAGAUUGCCCUGACGUAAAACAACAAGUUCAUCACGUGAAAGCCUCGGAUGGCUACAUCAUGUCAGUCCUAGCUUUCUACAAGAAAGAUGCUCCAUCGUCUCCCGGACCAGCCGUAUUACACCUUCACGGCGGAGGCAUGAUACUCGGUUCAGCCGAGCUACACGCAAAGCCCUUAGCACAUCUAGUUAGCAAGACAUCCGUCCCUAUCUUCAGUGUCAACUAUCGCCUGGCUCCUGAGCACAAAGAUACCGUCCCGGUUGAGGAUGCCUACACUGCUCUUCUGUGGUUAACCCAACAAGACAGUGUAGACUCUAGCAGAAUUGCAGUAUACGGAGAAAGUGCUGGCGGGGCUUUGGCCGCUGGUGUUGUCUUAAUGGCUCGGGAUUUGGGCCUACAGCCACCCCUAGCAAAGCAGAUUCUUAUAUAUCCUAUGCUGGACGAUCAAAACCAGGUCGCAAAUGAUAAGAUGGAACCCUUCGCUUUUUGGAAGACGGAAGAUAACGUCACGGCCUGGACUGCACUUCUUGGGGACAAGGCCGGAGAUCCCGAUGCCAGUGUGUCUCCUUACUCAGCGCCUGCUCGAGCAACCAGCCUAGUAGGCUUGCCAUCAACCUACUUGGAUGUUGGUGGUCUAGAUAUUUUCCGGGAUGAAACUGUGAGCUAUGCCGCAAGGCUGAUGGCUGAAGAUAUACAAACUGAGCUGCAUGUAUACCCCGGCGUCCCCCACGCAUUUGAGAUGGUGGCACCUCAUAUUAAGGUGACAAAGAGAGCACUUAACAAUAGAGAAAGUGCAAUUUUAGAACUUUAA